AUGGCGAUGAAUGGGAUCGAACUGAGUAUCAACGACGUCACCACCAGGCGCGAGGCAGGGGCAGAAGUCGCAGCAUGGUGCAUAUAUGAUGUUUAUCAGACUCCCAGCGGGCGCCGUCGUUCACCGUCCUCUGAUUCAUCCGUUUCCUCUAUUGAUUCGGAUCAUGGGAGUGCUAGGCGCUCCGCAAAACGCAGCCGUCGUACUUCCAGGUCCAGGUCACGAUCUCGUUCCCGUUCUAGGUCGCCGAGCCGUCGAAAGAAGCGACAUAAAUCGAAGCGCAAGGAAAAGGAGCGUGACAAGGAGAGGCGGCGCAAAGAAAAGGAGAAGAGGAAGGAGAAAGAGGAAAGGCGCAGUGUCCUUACUGGGAAAAAGAUUAAAUUGAAGGUGCACAAGGAUUCAAAGGAUUUGGAGAUGGAUGCUAAUCGACAGGAUUUACUUCAAUUCCUCAACUCUACUUACGGGUAG